AUAUUAAGAAAAUAAAAGCUACACCAAAUUGGGACUGUUCUUGAGAGGCUGGUACUGAAGCUAUGGGACUUCAUGAUAGCUUGAGUCCUUUUGUUUAUGUUCUUGAACUGUCUUGCUUCUUCUUGAGCGUGUCUCUGGCUCAGGAAAGAACUUUCUUUUCCGGCAAGCUCAAUGAUUCCGAGACGAUAGUCUCCAGCUUUCGCACGUUCAGGUUCGGUUUCUUCAGCCCUGUUAAUUCCACAAGUCGAUAUGCGGGUAUAUGGUAUAACAGUAUUUCUGUACAAACUGUGAUAUGGGUUGCCAACAAAGAUAAACCGAUCAAUGAUUCCUCUGGAGUUAUUUCGGUAUCUCAAGAUGGAAAUCUCGUAGUUACGGAUGGUCAGAGGCGUGUUCUAUGGUCAACUAACGUCUCUACUCAAGCUCGUGCCAAUUCUACUGUCGCUGAGCUUCUGGAUUCCGGAAAUCUUGUGCUAAAAGAGGCAAGUAGUGAUGCAUAUCUUUGGGAGAGCUUCAAGUAUCCUACUGAUUCUUGGUUGCCAAAUAUGUUGGUUGGGACAAACGCAAGAACCGGAGGAGGAAACGUCACAAUAACUUCUUGGAAAAACCCUUCGGAUCCUUCGCCAGGGAGCUACACUGCCGCACUCAUUCUUGCUGCAUAUCCAGAGCUCUUCAUUAUGAACAAUAAUAAUAAUAACAGUACGGUGUGGCGAAGUGGCCCGUGGAAUGGCCAGAUGUUUAAUGGUUUACCAGAUGUGUAUGCUGGCGUUUUUCUUUAUAGAUUCAUAGUUAAUGAUGACACCAAUGGAUCUGUCACCAUGUCAUAUGCUAAUGAUUCAACUUUGAGAUACUUCUACAUGGAUUAUAGAGGAUCCGUGAUCCGAAGAGAUUGGAGUGAGGCUAGGAGAAACUGGACUGUUGGGUUACAAGUUCCGGCAACAGAGUGUGACAUCUACAGGCGAUGUGGAGAAUUCGCUACCUGCAAUCCUCGGAAAAACCCGCCUUGUUCUUGCAUUAGAGGAUUUAGGCCAAGGAACCUUAUAGAGUGGAACAAUGGAAACUGGAGUGGUGGAUGCACAAGAAGGGUUCCUUUGCAGUGUGAAAGACAGAACAAUAAUGGGAGUGCUGAUGGGUUUUUGAGGCUGCGGCGAAUGAAAUUGCCUGACUUUGCAAGAAGAUCUGAAGCAAGCGAACCAGAAUGCUUAAGGACUUGUUUGCAGACAUGUUCUUGUAUAGCUGCUGCUCAUGGCUUAGGAUAUGGCUGCAUGAUUUGGAAUGGAAGCUUAGUUGAUUCGCAGGAGUUGUCUGCUAGUGGAUUGGAUCUUUAUAUCCGUCUUGCACAUUCAGAAAUCAAAACAAAGGACAGGCGACCAAUUUUGAUCGGUACAAUAUUGGCAGGCGGUAUUUUUGUUGUGGCAGCUUGUGUUCUUCUGGCACGACGGAUUGUCAUGAAGAAAAGAGCAAAAAAGAAAGGAAGAGAUGCAGAGCAGAUUUUUGAGAGAGUGGAAGCUUUAGCUGGUGGUAAUAAAGGAAAGUUGAAAGAGCUACCAUUGUUUGAGUUUCAAGUGCUAGCAGAAGCAACUAAUAAUUUCUCUCUCAGAAAUAAGCUUGGACAAGGUGGCUUUGGUCCUGUUUACAAAGUAUGGUCAAUCUGGAACGAAGGGGAGAUUAAUGGUCUGGUAGAUCCUGAGAUCUUUGACCAACUCUUUGAGAAAGAAAUACACAAAUGCAUUCACAUAGGGCUUUUGUGUGUGCAAGAAGCUGCUAACGAUAGGCCAAGUGUUGCUACAGUGUGUUCGAUGCUCAGCAGCGAGAUUGUAGACAUUCCAGAACCAAAACAGCCUGCUUUUAUAUCAAGGAAUAGUGCUCCAGAAGCUGAUUCCUCUGAGAACGGUGACCUUAAAGACUCUAUCAACAAUGUCACCAUCACCGAUGUUACAGGACAGGCUGGGACUGAAGUUAUGAGACUUCAUGAGAACGUGAGUCCUUUUGUUCUUGUUCUUCCCCUGUCUUGCUUCUUCUUAAGCUUCUCUUUAGCUCAUGAAAGAGCUGUCUUUUCCGGCAAGCUCAAUGAUUCCGAGACGAUAGUCUCAAGCUUCCGCACGUUCAGGUUCGGUUUCUUCAGCCCUAUUAAUUCUACAAGUCGAUAUGCUGGUAUUUGGUAUAACAGCAUUCCUGUACAAACUGUGAUAUGGGUUGCUAACAAAGAUAAGCCGAUCAAUGACUCCUCUGGAGUUAUUUCAUUAUCUGAAUAUGGAAAUCUCGUAGUUAGUGAUGGUCAGAGGCGUGUUCUGUGGUCAACUACUGUCUCUACUCGAGUCCGUUCCAAUUCUACUAUCGCUGAGCUUUUGGAUUCCGGGAACCUCGUGCUAAAAGAGGCGAGUAGUGAUGCAUAUCUCUGGGAGAGCUUCAAGUAUCCUACUGAUUCUUGGUUGCCAAAUAUGUUGGUUGGGACAAACGCAAGAACCGGAGGAGGAAACGUCACCAUAACUUCUUGGAAAAACCCUUCGGAUCCUUCGCCCGGGAACUACACUGGUGCACUCGUUCUUGCUCCAUAUCCAGAGCUCUUUAUUUUCAACAAUAAUGACAACAAUGCUACAGUGUGGCGCAGUGGCCCGUGGAACGGCCAGAUGUUUAAUGGCUUACCAGAUGUAUAUCCGGGGGUCUUUCUUUAUAGAUUCAUAGUUAAUGAUGACACCAAUGGAUCAGUCACCAUGUCAUAUGCUAAUGAUUCAACUUUGAGACACCUCUACUUGGAUUAUAGAGGAUUUGUUAUCCGGAGAGAUUGGAGUGAGGCUAGGAGAAACUGGACGGUCGGAUCACAAGUUCCAGCAACAGAGUGUGACAUUUACAGCAGAUGUGGCCAAUACGCGACCUGCAAUCCUCGGAAAACCCUGCCUUGUUCUUGCAUUAUAGGGUUUAGGCCAAGGAACCUUAUAGAGUGGAACAGUGGAAACUGGAGUGAUGGAUGCAUAAGAAAGGUCCCUUUGCAGUGUGAAAGAGAGAACAAUAAUGGGAGUGCUGAUGGGUUUUUGAAGUUGCCGCGAAUGAAAUUGCCUGACUUUGCAAGAAGAUCCGAAGCCAGCGAACCAGAGUGCUUAAUGACUUGUUUGCAAUCAUGUUCUUGUAUAGCUUUUGCCCAUGGCUUAGGAUACGGCUGUAUGAUUUGGAAUGGAAGCUUAGUUGAUUCGCAGGAGUUGUCUGCUAGUGGAAUGGAUCUUUCUAUCCGUCUUGCACAUUCAGAAUUCAGCGGUAUUUUUGUUGUGGCAGCUUGUGUCUUUCUGGCACGACGUAUUGUCAUGAAGAAAAGAGCUAAAAAGAAAGGAGCAGAUGCAGAGCAAAUUUUUAAGAGAGUGGAAGCUUUAGCUGGUGGAAAUAGAGAAAAGUUGAAAGAGCUACCAUUGUUUGAGUUUCAAGUGUUAGCUACUGCAACUGAUAACUUCUCUCUUAGCAAUAAGCUUGGACAAGGCGGUUUUGGUCGUGUUUACAAAGUAUGGUCAAUCUGGAACGAAGGGGAUGUUAAUGGUCUGGUAGAUCCUGAGAUUUUUGACCAAAUUUUUGAGAAAGAAAUACGCAAAUGCGUUCACAUUGCGCUUUUGUGUGUGCAAGACGCUGCUAAUGAUAGGCCAAGUGUUUCGACAGUGUGUUUGAUGCUCAGCAGUGAGGUUGCAGACAUUCCAGAACCUAAACAGCCUGCUUUUAUGCCAAGAAACGCUGUUUUAGAAGCUGAGUUCUCGGAGAGCAGUGACCUCAAAGCCUCUAUCAACAAUGUCACCAUUACUGAUGUCUCAGGACGUUACAACCUGCAGAACCAAAAUGUAUGUGUAAUUCGUGAAACUCUUAAGCAUUGCCAGAGAAUAAUAUAUCAUAUAUCUUAUAUAGAUGGUUAUGUCUCAUACAUCUAGUAUGUACAAGAAAUUUCGUUCAUAUAA